ACACGCUCCAACCAGUACCCUGGCUCAAGACUUCAGGAGCCAGAACACGCACCUGCGUAAGAGGAGGGUCACUGGUAGUCGUACGCGCGCGCAAGCGCGGGCCCCCCCUAUCCCAACUGUUAGGAUGCGUCACGUGAGGGUUCGUCAUUCCUCCGUCACGUGACGCACAUCGCCGGCCUCCGCGGCGAUCUUGUCGGCUGGCGCCCCCUUCCGUCUGACGCGCCUCCAGCGGCGCCCGCGCAGCCCUGGCUCCUUGCGGGCUCGGGCGGCGGCUGCGGCGGGGCUAUGGCGAGUGGUGGUGGCGGCGGUAACACAGGCGCGGGUGGGGCCCCAGGGCUGGGCCUGAACCUCGGCCUGGGCCUGGGUCUGAGUCUAGGCAUGGGUGAGGCCACCGGCGAGGCGGAGGAUGAGGCGGCCACGGCCGAGGCGGUGGGACGCCUGGCCUCGACGCUGUGGCUGCGGCUCCGCGGCUGGGAAGCAGUGCUGGCGUCAGCGCAGCGGCUGCUGGUGUGGGAGAAGCCGCUGCACAGCCUCGUCACCGCGGCCGCGCUCAACGGCCUCUUCUGGUUGCUGUCUUCGUCGUCCCUCCGGCCUUUCUUCCUGCUCAGCAUCUCAUUUUUGGCCUAUUUUCUGCUCGAUCUCUGGCAGCCUCGCUUCCUCCCUGACAUCUCAGCAUCAUCGCCAGAGGAGCCACACUCUGACAGUGAGGGUGCGGGGUCAGGCGCCCGGCCGCACCUGCUGAGUGUGCCCGAGUUGUGCAGAUACCUGGCUGAGAGCUGGCUCACCUUCCAGAUUCACCUGCAGGAGCUGCUGCAGUACAAAAGGCAGAAUCCAGCUCAGUUCUGUGCUCGAGUUUGCUCUGGCUGUGCUGUGCUGGCUGUACUGGGACACUAUGUUCCAGGGAUUAUGAUUUCCUACAUUGUCUUGCUGAGUAUCCUGCUGUGGCCCCUGGUGGUUUAUCAUGAGCUGAUCCAGAGGAUGUACACUCGCCUGGAGCCCCUGCUUAUGCAGCUGGACUACAGCAUGAAGGCGGAAGCUGAUGCCCUACAUCACAAACACGACAAGAGGAAGCGGCAAGGGAAGAAUGUACCCCCUGGAGGUGAUGAGCCACUGGCGGAGACAGAGAGUGAAAGCGAAGCAGAACUGGCUGGCUUCUCACCAGUGGUGGAUGUGAAGAAAACAGCCCUGGCUUUAGCCAUUACAGACUCAGAGCUAUCAGAUGAGGAGGCUUCUAUCUUGGAGAGUGGGGGCUUCUCUGUUUCCCGGGCCACAACUCCACAACUGACUGAUGUGUCAGAGGAUUUGGACCAGCAGAGCUUGCCAAGUGAGCCAGAGGAGGCCCUGAGCCGGGAGCUGGGGGAGGGAGAGGAGACAGAGCUGGCUCCUCCAGAAGGUCUGCUGGGCCCCUCUCAGGCCCUCUCAAGGCAAGACCUGGACUCAGAGGAGGAGAGAGAAGAUGUGGCAGCCAAGGAAAUCUUGCUUCGGCUCUCGUCCCCCCUUCACUUUGUGAACACGCACUUCAAUGGGGCAGGGUCUCCUACGGAUGGAGUGAAGCUCUCCCCUGUAGGACCAGUGGAGACACUGAGCCCAGAAGCAGUGAGUGGUGACCCUACCACUCCACCCAGCACCCUGUCACCCCUACUUUGCCUUGCUGAAAGUGACCCUGUCCCUUCCCCCUCAGUGCUCCCACCUCUUCCCCAGGACUUAGCCCUGCCUGCCCCUGAGGAAGAAGAGGCACUCACCACUGAGGACUUUGAGUUGCUGGAUCAGGGGGAGCUGGAGCAGCUGAAUGCAGAGCUGGGGUUGGGGCCAGAAACAUCCCCAGAGCCCCCUGAUGCUCCAUCCUCUCCACCCCUAGGGCCCAACACCCUGUCUCUGGCACCCUCAGACCAAGAGCCAUGAGCCUUGAGGGAAGGAGUUGCAGACAUGGUAGGGCUUCCUGGCUAGGGGUGUCCCUGUUUCUUCCUCUCCCUAAUGCUCUGGGGAGGGAUAAUAUGUGGGAAGCUAGCUGUCAGAUGGUAGCCAGUCCACCCUCUGCCUGCCUGCCUGCCUGCCUGCUGUCCCAGGCCUGGUACAGUACCUGUGCCUGGGAUUGUUUUAAGUUUGUAAAUAAUUUUACAUUUGGGUUAGUGGAUGUGUACCGGGCUAGGGAAGUCCUUCCCACAGCCUGUACUUGCCUCCCUGCCUCAUCUCUAUUCUCAUUCCAUCAUGUCCCACUGUAGACCUGGUGGUCUAUCCCUUUUUCCUCCUAUCCUCAGGGACCUGUGCUGCUCUGUCCCCAUGUCCCACUUGGUUGUUUAUUUAGUUCAGGCACUUUAUCAUUUUUCUCUUCUGUCCUGUGCUCCUCUCUGCUUUAUUUCUCUGCUGUAUUCUGUCCUGUCAGUAGCUUGAUCCCUGCCCAUUGCCAGCUUCUUCCCAGCAGGCUCUGGCUAAGCUUUAGGGAGGCUCCUGUCUGGGUGGUACAGACUGAACCUGGGGUGGUGGGUCAGGCCAGUACUUAUGCACUUAGGCCACUGUAGCCCUUGUAACCUCCACUGCACCCUUACCUAGUGCAUCCCGGCCUUUCCUGAUACAGGAGAGCAGGGAUCCCACAGCAUAGGCACCAGCCCUGCUAGUGAGCAGGAGCUUUGUCUUGUGAUGAGAGCCUUUCUUACUAUCCUAGGGAAGAGACCUGCUCCUCUGGGCCAUGGGUGGUCCAAGUGUGGCGAGACCCCCUGCUAGGGUCAGGAAGUGGACAGGAACAUCUGUGCACAUGUUGACUGGAAAAUAAAGUGUUUAUUGGCUAGAA